AUGCGAAAGGGCGAAGACGAAGAUAGGAUUGGAGACAAAGAUAGGAGUGGAGAAGAAGAUAGGAAUAAAGACGAAGAUAGGAGUGGAGACGAUGACAUGGAUGAAACCUCGCAAACUAUUUUAGAAGCACGUUUAAAGGCUGCGCAAAGCCUCGAAAAACAAGCCAAAAAGAUAAAAGCAACCUCUCACAAGUCGCAUUUACCAGCGAAGGUUGGAGAUAAUAUUAUCAUACCCACUCCUGAUGUACACAGGGCUAAAGGAGAUGUUCGAAACGUUUUUGAAAAUGUGCUUGAAGCAUCUGAUGAUGGAUUUUAUAAGAUUGGGACCAAGCAUGGUAUCUUACAAAAAUUAUAUUGCAGAAAUGAAUUUGAUAUCUGCACACAAAAGUUUUUAUUGGAAGAAGAAAUGAACAAAAACAUUGAAUUUUCAUUAAGAACCGCAGCGAUCAAACAUUCAGUUGGAACAUGCCAAUGUUUCUUUAUGUGUAGUUGUACCAAGAAGUGUACGUCGAACUGA